UUCGUCAUGUCGGCCCUCGUCGCGCAGGCCGGCUCUCUGGCAUUGAAUCUGGUGUCGGGCGUCGGCGUGGUGCUCGCAAAUAAGCUCGUAUUCACCACGGCGAGAUUCAGCUUCCCGACGGCGCUCACCGCGUGUCAUUACGCCACCAACUUCCUUCUGCUCUUGUGCCUCGACGUGGUCAGGCCGAGCGCGGAGUCACGGCGGGGCGGCGGGGCCGAGCCUCUCGACCGGCAGCUCAUGUUUUUGACCGCCGUGUGGGCGUUUCACAAUGCGCUCUCCAACCUCUCGCUCUCGCGCAACUCGGUCGGCCUCUAUCAGGUGAGCAAGAUCCUGGUGACUCCGCUGAUCGUCGCCCUCGAGUACGCCGUCUACCGCCGACUGCCCCACGCGCGGCUGGCGCUGCCGCUCCUCGGCGCGUGCCUGGGCGUGGCGCUCGCCACCGUGAGCGACGUGAGCUUCGAGGUGCGCGGCGCGCUCACCGCCGCCGCCUCGGCGUGCGCGUCGGCGCUCCUGAAAGUGCUGCAGCAGGACGUGUUGCAGCGGCGCGACUGGAGCUCGUUAGAGCUCAUGCGGCGCACGUGGGGGCCGCAGACGCUGCUGCUCGUGCUGAGCGUGCCGCUGCUGGACGCGCGCGCCGAUCGGCUGCCCCAGUACGAGCCGACGGCCGAGCGCGUCGGCAUCCUGCUGCUCUCGUGCGCGGCGGCCUUUGCGCUCAACGUGUCGGCCCUGUACGCCAUCAAGCUGACGAGCGCGAUCGCGAUCGUCCUGCUCUCGCAGGGCAAGACCGCCGUCACGCUCCUCGGCGGCUACCUCUUCUUCGACGGCCAGCCGAAUGUGCGCCAGCUCGGCGGCGCGACGAUCGCCGUGCUCUCGCUCGGCACGUACUCGUACCUGUCGGCCACCCUCGGAGGCGUGGCGGGCGCGGCACCGUCCUCCCAGCGCGGCGAGGACCCGCCGACCGAGGCGGAGAGCGCGCGAGAGCAGCAGCAACCGCUCAAAGGCGGCGACGCGUAGCUGCGCGCCGCCUGCUGCAACCGAAAGCGUCGGUUGCUCUGUGAGCUGCGUGUUGCGUGCGACCGAGGGUUACCAGGGAGUGAGGGCGUAGAUACUCCGAGUACGAUACUCGGAGACCUGUUAUAUCGUAAAACGUCACGUAUAUAUUGUCU